AUGUUGUCUAGAGCUAUCGGAAGGUCGUUGCAAACGCCAGCUCUAAGAAAUACUUCGACGAAUUUCCGGAUAGCCUCAUCGACAUCAUGGACUCGGUCGAUGGCGAGUAAUAAUCGCCAACCUAAAAAACCUACAGAAUAUAAUAGAUCUUCGGGUACGCCAAAACCAUCUGGUUCAGGUGGGGCACAAGCUGCUUUCACUUCACAAAAACCAGGACAGAGUAGUGAUAAAUCUGGUAAUCCAGACUUUUCCAAGGCCCAAGAUGAAGUGAGCAAGGAUGCUUCACCGGAAAGGAAUACUGUACCAGAGUCAGUGGGCGGUGGUGCCGGCGUGCCGAACCCAGAUGCCAGAAAAGGCGAAAGUUCAGACUUCUCUGGCAAACAAGAUGAAUUCGAGACAAUCGCCGUCGACCCCGCACAAGCAGAAACCGAGAACAAACCUCUACCAGAUCUCACCCAAGGUAUUCCUUCGACAUUGGAUUUCGAAUUGGCAAAUAGAAAAUCGAAGACUUCGCCAUUAAAUCUUACAGAAGCGGCGGACCCUGAAGAGAUUCCUGGUGCUGGGGGCAAGGGUCGCGGGGAACUGCCAGCAUCUGCGUAUGUUUCUUCCUCGGAAAGGAAGAGAAACCAGAUGGCCAACUACAUGUAUCUUGCCUUUUUCGUAUCUGCGAUCACCGGUACGGUAUACUUGGGUCGAAAUUGGGAGACCGAGGAAGAAGAAAAACUACACGCGGAAACUGCUCCUUCUGGAUGGUCACUUAGUGGCAUGUGGAACCGUGUAAGAGCUAGAACCGGGGAUCAAAUUGGUCAUUACACAGAGCCGGCUUUUACAAAGUUAUUACCCGAUCCAACUCCUAUGUUCGAGCGCCCUUAUACAUUAGUUUUGAGUAUGGAGGAUCUUUUAAUUCAUAGUGAAUGGAGUAGAGAACAUGGUUGGCGAUUGGCGAAACGACCUGGUGUUGAUUAUUUCUUGAGAUAUUUAAGUCAAUAUUAUGAAUUGGUUAUCUUUACCACUCAACCAUCCACUUUAGCAGAGCCAGUUAUUCGAAAAUUCGAUCCAUAUCAUAUCGUUACAUGGCCACUCUUCCGAGAGGCAACACUUUAUGAGAAUGGAGAAUAUAUCAAGGACCUUUCAUACCUCAACCGUGACCUCUCGAAAGUCAUUUUGAUCGAUACCAAACCACACCACGCCAAGAAACAACCAGAAAACGCAAUAAUUCUUAAGCCAUGGACAGGUGAUGUGAAAGAUAAAGAACUUGUCUCUUUGAUUCCAUUCCUCGAAUACAUCCCUACAAUGCAAUACGCCGAUGUACGCAAAGCCAUUAAAUCAUUUGAAGGCACACAUAUUCCUACUGAAUUUGCCAAACGUGAAGCAACAGCAAGAAAGAAGUUCCAAGAACAACUUGCAGAAGAACGAAAGAAGCACGGAAAGAGAGGUGGCGGUGUUGGAUUAUUGGGAAAUGCUUUGGGUAUAAAGCCUGGUGGAAUGAUGGUGACAGAUCCCAAUGAACAAAGUCUAGCGGAUGCGCUUGCACAGGGAAAGAUGUUACAAGAUUUAGCGAGAGAAAGAGGACAGAAGAACUAUGAAGCAUUUGAAAAGGAAAUUCGAGAGAAUGGAGCAAAGUGGUUGAAGGAAGAGGCCGAGAUGGAGGAAAAAGCCAAGGAAGAAGGAUUAAAGGCUAUGAAGAGUGGAAUGACAGGAGGUUGGUGGGGAGGUGCUUCGUCGUAA